AUGAAAUUACAAGCCUUCCUGGGGGAAUGGGGACCGGCUCAGAAACUCAUCUUCCGGCUCUUGACUGUCAGCGUUAUUCCCAACGGUUUCGCCCCGUUCACUAUCAUCUUUGUCGGGGAUACCCCAAAAGCAUCGCUGCUCGAUUCCCGGGAAUCUCAACCUCAGCCAAGCCUGGAUGAACCAGAACCAAACCCACUGGUGCCAGGGAACCCAAACCCAGAUCUCCUCAACGUGUCCGAGAUCGAAGAGGAGCCGUGUUUGGAUGGAUGGGAAUACAGUCAGGACCAGUACACCUCCACCAUCGUCUCCGAGUGGGACUUGGUGUGUGACGAUAAAUGGAAAGAACCAUUUACCACAUCUCUGUACUUUUUCGGAGUGCUGAUAGGUUCUGGUGGUUCUGGGAUAGUAUCAGACAGGUUUGGGAGGAAGAUUGUUUUGUUUGGAUCUAUGGGGGUACAGAUUUUAUUCAAUCUUCUUAUCACAUUGUCACCCAGCUGGGAAAUCUUCUGCCUGAUUAAUUUCUUAAGAGGCAUCGGCGAGGUUUCAAACUAUGUGACUGCGUUUGUGCUUGGAUCUGAAAUUCUACCGAAAUCCAUUCGGGUUACAUACUCUACACUUGGAAUUAGCUGUUUUUAUGCCGUGGGAUACAUGAUGCUGCCUUUUAUUGCCUAUUUCGUGAGAGGAUGGAGAAUGUUGAUAUUGAUCCUGAACCUGAUCUGUUUGCUGUACAUUCCUUUGUGGUGGUAUGUAGAACUUUCAACCUUCAACCCAAUUAAUCAGUAGGUAAUGACCUUACAAUGCUGGUGUCACUGGGAUUAAUUCUGAAGAAGAUAACCAAAAUAUGACCAUCGAAAAACCCC